UCCCCGCCCAUCACCGCUGCCUGUAGCCGCGCUCCCUGCCACGGACCGCGCAGCUCUGCCGCCCAGCCCGCCGCCCCAGGGCCCGUUAGUACCCGGAGCCCGCUCGUGGGGGCCGCUGCGCAAGCCCGCCCCACGAGAGCCUGCCCCCGCCCCUUGACCCAACCCAGUCCCAACGCCUAGGGCGGCUGCCCAGAGAGCCGCGGGAGUCGCAGAGGAGAGGGUGGAGGUAGAGGAGGGCCGAGCCUGCAACCAGGGAGGCCCGGUUUUGAAGCCUCAUCUUUGCUCGAGUUAGGUCUCGCCCAGCCGUAUUUCUUUCUCAACGUACUUUGUGCGAAUAAGUUUUGGAGCAUCGAUUAACAGCCUGUGGGUGAAAUUUGGCUUUCAUUCAUGAGUGAGGAAUUAUUCUUGACAGAAGUAUUUUAAAAGAAAAAGAUUUACAAUGGCCUCAGCAGUUCUUAGUUCUGUUCCCACUACUGCUUCUCGUUUUGCCCUGUUGCAAGUGGAUAGCGGCAGUGGCUCUGAUUCUGAGCCUGGAAAAGGCAAGGGUCGGAAUACUGGAAAGUCUCAAACAAGCAAAUCAACUACAAAUGAGAAAAAGAGAGAGAAAAGAAGAAAAAAGAAGGAACAGCAACAGAGUGAAGCAAAUGAGCUCAGGAAUCUUGCUUUUAAGAAAAUCCCCCAGAAAUCCUCCCAUGUCACUUGUAAUGUUCAGCAUGAGCUUUCUUUACCAAACCCAGGACAGAAGGAUUCACGAGAAGAAAAUUGGCAAGAGUGGAGACAAAGAGAUGAGCAGCUGACAUCUGAAAUGUUUGAAGCAGAUCUUGAGAAGGCCUUGUUGCUAAGUAAAUUAGAAUAUGAAGAACACAAAAAGGAGUAUGAAAAUGCCGAAAAUACUUCAACUCAGUCAAAGGUUAUGAAUAAAAAAGAUAAAAGAAAGAAUCAUCAGGGAAAAGACAAACCUCUCACAGUAUCACUAAAAGAUUUUCAAUCUGAAGAUCCCAUUAGUAAAAAGACAGAGGAAUUGAGUUCUUCUCACACUUUAUCACAUGAUGGAGGAUUCUUCAAUAGACUGGAAGAUGAUGUUCAUAAAAUUCUUAUUAGAGAAAAAAGAAGAGAACAGCUUACAGAAUAUAAUGGAACAGAUAAUUGUGCAACUCAUGAACACUACCAGGCAUUAGUUCUGAAAGAUGGAAGAAUUGAAAGACUAAAGUUGGAACUUGAAAGGAAAGAUGCUGAAAUCCAGAAACUGAAAAAUGUGAUCACUCAAUGGGAGGCAAAGUAUAAAGAAGUAAAGGCAAGAAAUGCACAGUUAUUGAAAAUGCUUCAGGAAGGUGAAAUGAAAGAUAAAGCAGAAAUACUUCUGCAAGUUGAUGAAUCACAAAGUAUCAAGAAUGAGCUGACUAUUCAGGUGACUUCUCUUCAUGCUGCAUUAGAACAAGAAAGAUCUAAAGUGAAAGUAUUGCAAGCAGAGUUAGCCAAAUACCAGGGUGGCAGAAAAGGGAAAAGAAACUCUGAAUUCGACCAGUGUAGGUGAUUCCAUUGGCCUUUGAGGUCAACACAAAAAUUUAAAUUUUCAGGGUUUUGCAAAAAUGUAUAUAUUUAAUGCUGUGCAACUGCUAAGCUAUGCAGUUUUUGUUGAAAAAAUACUUAAAUGAUUAGCUUACUAACAGUCUAUAAUUUUUGGUCUUUUUGGCUUAAAGUGAAAAGAAGAAAAACAGAAUUCCAACAGAAUGCAAUGAUUAUUGUUUACUAUUCAUACUUAUCACUUUAGU